AUGACCGCGAAUAUCGAGGCGGAAUAUGGAAGCAUUGUGAAGGCGAAAGGGGAGGUUAAGAGCACGGAAGGCGUCGUCAAAGAGGGCGCCACGGACGCAAUCGUCAACGUCCGUCUAGAGGAGUUCGGAACAUUGCUCAAAAACAGCUCGGAUGAAUCCCAUCAGCGUCUGGGUCAACAGCUGUCGGAUGCUUUCAGUUCCCUCGAUAAGGUGACAAUUGACGCAACGCUAACCGUGCAUGUCAAGAGAUGGAGCCCGGCCAACGGAGCAUUUUCUCCUGUAGAUGCCAGGGUUUGGUUCGACGUUAGCGGCCCUCGUAUAUCCAUCGAUCCCGCUUCGAGGCAAGGCUGCACCUUGCACGAGCAGACAAGAUCCAGUUUUGUGGCAAAUUUCGUGCUAAACUCUUCACGAAUUGUUUCCACGUUGGUUGGUGGUGCUAAUACGCUCAUCGAAGAAGCCACCAAGAACGCCGGGUUAAAUGACACCCUUGAGAGGUAUUACCCAUCAGGCCUCCCCAUGUCCGUGCGUCUGAAGAUAUCAGGGCCUGCGUCAGCUGGCCCUGUUAGGUUUUACUUCAAAACAGGGUGUGGGGAAGUGACGCUGCGCGGUUCAUCUCAGAGCUCUACUUUUACUAUCAAAAAGCCGGAUGGCAGGUCGUUUGUUGAAGGAGUUGUGGUAUUACCAAACCUCCUAGCAACGGGUGAUUACGAGGUGGUUUAG